AACCCCACACCCCCUUCAGGCCAGUCCCCCACCCAUGAAGUCCCCCGGUGGGGCAGACAGACGAACUGUGAACCAAGAGGAGAGAGAGAGGGGUGUGAGGAGAAGGAGAGUGCUAGACAAGAUGGCAUUGGAAACGUUGCAGACGAAUGAGUCCGUUACUUAUGGCGGGAUGAGCGCAUUCACACAGACGGAACACAACAUUGUCGCUGCAUACCUCCUCACAGCAUGUGUGAUCAGUUUGGCCAGUAACUUUAUAGUUCUGGGGAUGUUUGCGAAGUUCCAGGACCUGCGGACAGCCACCAAUGCCAUCAUCAUCAACCUGGCGUUGACAGACAUUGGCGUAGCGGGCAUCGGGUACCCCUUGUCUGCUGCCUCCGACCUGCAUGGCAGCUGGAAGUUUGGCUACAUUGGCUGUCAGAUCUAUGCAGCUCUGAAUAUCUUCUUUGGGAUGGCCAGCAUCGGACUGCUGACAGUGAUUGCCAUUGACCGUUACAUCACUAUCUGCAAGCCUGAAAUAAGUCACACACUGACAAAACGCUGGUACACGAUGAUGAUUCUGGCUGCAUGGAUAAACGCGUUGUUCUGGUCAGGUAUGCCGGUGGUGGGCUGGGCUGGGUACGCCCCCGACCCUACUGGGGCCACGUGCACCGUCAACUGGAGGAACAAUGAUGCCUACUUCGUAUCCUACACCAUCUGUGUAAUCCUGGUCAACUUCCUGGUUCCGCUCGGCAUCAUGUUCUACUGCUACUACAACGUCACCGCCACCGUCAAGAGGUACAAGAGCGGUAACGGCAUGGACAACGCCAACAUCGACUGGUCCGAUCAGAUUGACGUCACCAAGAUGUCCGUUGUGAUGAUUGCGAUGUUCCUGGUGGCCUGGUCUCCAUACUCCAUCGUGUGUCUGUGGGCAUCCUUCAGCGACCCCAGCACCAUUCCGGCACCCAUGGCAAUCAUCGCCCCACUCUUCGCCAAAUCCUCCACCUUCUACAAUCCCUGCAUUUACGUCAUCGCUAACAAGAAGUUCAGAAGAGCCAUCUCUGGAAUGCUGCAGUGCCAGUCUCGACAGCGCAUCACCAUCAACGACACCCCGGUUGCCAUGACAAUCUCGCAGCUGCCUCUCAACAAAUGAAUGACCAGCAUCUUCCUGAUGCAUGACGACACCCAGCCCGUAAUAUCCCCUGUGGAGCGCUGGCCGUUCCAACAAAAUGGGGAUGAUCUCUAUCGCAAAGGUGGACCUCUUGGCUUCAGAAUGUUGGUCUGAAUUUGAAAAGUCCACCUGUUCAUCAUACUGCUGUGGUAAUUGGGAAUUUUACCAAUUCAUACCAUCUGUAAUACUGUUAAAACAUCUGUGAAAUUAUAUUAUGAUAUUAUGAUAUUACAGAAAAUUCCUUCAUGAAAACAUUUUCCAUUGUAUUGUCUACUUACAAUCAAUUGUACAAUUUACCAUCUGCCCUACAGUGUGGUGAAAUGUACAGUGAGUCUUGCCUUCUAUCCACCACAUUUAUCUUACAAGCUGAUUCUACAGUGAUUGGCUCCACUUGAUUUGUACAGGAUUGGUACAUUAUGAAGCCAAGAUUUAAACCUCUGCUCUUCUGUCUGCAUGCCAUCUUCAUUGUCCACUUGUAUUAUUGAAUUGGACUGAAAAGAUAUUGUCAGUUUCUUGUUUGUAAAAUGUUGUGUUUUGUUUAUCAUCUGAAAGUGAAUAUUUUGAGCCUCUUUUACUGUGUUGAUUUAAAAAAAAUGCUACUUGUGGAAUUAAAAAAAACAGACUAGAUUAUCACGUAUAACUGUGAGGAUUGCAAUGCUGCUCGAUUAUUUCUACUAUAUUGUGUCUGUGAAGAUUUUAUGUCAAGGAAUUGUGUAUUGUGAAUGUGAACUCAUGCUUCAUCAACCUCCUGAAAGUAUUCCUAUUAAUGAAUUUCACCCCUCUUGUAAGUACAUUUUUAGUAGCCACUUAUAAUUGUUAUUGUUUAUAUUUCUCAAUGUGUCUCAUGAAUCGGAGUGAGAU